AUGGCUACGUCGCUCAUCGACCUUCCCAUCCCCGUGGCCGCGGACAUCCUCGCCCACCUCUCCGACCUACGCGAUCUCGCCAGCGCGAUUCGCAGCCAGCGCCUCUUCCACGCGGCGCUCCAGCACCACCGGAUCCACAUCGUCUCGGGCAUCCUCCGGAACCGCAUCCCGCGCCGGACCCUCCCCUUCGCCGAAGCCCUCUACAAGUCGACGCUCAUCGACCGGCGGGACAAGAUGGAGGUGUACCUGCUGCUCAAGUGGCUGAGAAAAGCCGUCCGGGACCCCGCGCUGAGCCUGGGCGUGCUAUCGCGCCUGCCGAUGGCGCAGGUCGCCGCGGUCAUGGAGACGCACGCGUGCGUCGAGCAGCUAGCGGGGAGUUUAUGCGCGUUUGACGAGCUUGCAUCGCACGACGUUCAAUACGGUAGCGUGCCCAUAGACUGGACGCCAAACGCACACUUCAUCCCGCCCGCGCAAGAGGCUAUGUGCCAGGGCCUUGACUUCCUCGUCCGUCUAUGUCGGGCUCGGGACUACGACAGCCGAGUCAAGCUCAUGCCGGUUACGCUCUUCCAAGCCUGGGCCAAGAACCGCCACCCCUUUAAACAGCUCUUCAACAACCGCCUCACGAGCCCGCGCCUCAACAAGAUCCGGGCGCGCAGAGACACCACGCUGGAAUCCCUCGAGGACGAACAGCGCGAAGGCCUCGGUACUCUCUUGGACGGGCGGUACGACCGCGUCUACUCGGACCCCGCGCACGUGUGGUUCGCCGCCCACGGGUCCUGCACCGUGCUCGCCUUGGUCGAACCUUUAUCGGACAUCAACCUCUGGCUGUGCGGCUAUGUUCUUUGGGACGGGGCCCCCUUGACCGGUGCGGUGAGCUCGCGGGUGGCUCAGUUCGCGCGCGGGGCCAGAAUCACAUGA